AUGUUUCUCUGCUUAUUACCGGAUUUCAAAGACUCAGACAGGGAACGACGUCAGGCAGAAGUCAUUGUCAAAGUCGCCAAGGCUGCAGGAGUCAAGCAAGUGAUCGUGUCGACUUCUCUAGGUGUCUUCACGCUGGAUGACCCUCAACUUGAAACUGAGGUCCGAGAACACCUUACGCCGGACUCUUUUAUGGCACGACAUAUCGCUAGCAAAAAAGGGGUUGAGGAUGCAGUUCGAGACGGGUGUUUCGAUUAUUGGACCAUCCUUCGGCCCUCCUUCUUUAUGGCUAAUUUCUUAGAGCCCAAGGUUGUAAGGUAUCCUGAGCCGAGAGAACAUGGUACUUGGACUACAGCAAUGACACCAGAGUCUCGAUUGGCUUUAAUUGACCACGUUGACAUUGCAGCGUUUGCGGUUGAAGCCUUCCGUGAUCCUCAGAAAUUCCAUGGACGUGCAUUCGGGCUAGCAAGCGAUAUAUUGACAGUCCAAAAUACACUGGACAUACUGGGAAAAGCAGCAGAGAAGCCACUCAAAGCAAUAUUCAUGACAGAUGAAGAGAUCCGAGAGAAGCAAAAGACAUCGAAUGUAUUCACCAAUUCUCAAAUCUCAAUGAGAUAUAUGACUAAAUACAUCAACAUGGACGAGAUUACGGGGGUCAUUCAACCGACGACUUUCAAGGAGUUUUUGGACAGAGAAGAUAAGGCCGUACGCGAGACCUACAACAGUAGGAACAGUAUAUAA